AAUUUUGAGAUGCACUGGAUGGGUUUUUUUUACUUCUAGUAAUAGAUUUUUAAAAUGUGUUUGUGCUUUUGUGUGAGGUGCAAAGAGUGUGAAAGAUAGACAGAAAUCUGAAGGUGUUCUCCUUUAAUAGAAAAAUGAGAUGAGCCCUGUCCCCAACUUUGCCAAAGUCACACUUUUAACUUAUCUGAUCAAUUUGAUGAAUUUAUUUGGUAGCGUAUUAGAUUCAGUGUUACAGAAGUGUAUCAUCUCUUUUGACACCGUGAAAUGCUGGAGAUUGCUGCUUUAGGGGCUUUGGACAAAUCACUUAACCUUUCUUGGUUGUGUUCCCAUUAUCAGUAGACAGUGGGGCUAAGGUAGAUCACUCAUUACUCCUAUGCUGUCUAGCUAUAAAAUGGUCGUGGUUAUUGAAUGUGAAAUUGGGGAGCAUUAUUCCUUUUGCAGAAUUCCACACUAACUGGCAAUUCAUCAGUUUCACUCUGCUCCUUUCAGUAAACUUGGGUUUAUAUGUUUUAUUGAACACCACUUUUUUGAUACCCCAGGAUCCAAGUGAAACAAGAAUUAUAAAAAGUAGUGGGGGAAGGAUAGCUUUAGCACAGAGAGAAGAAUGUUUCCUUUCUGUUACUGAAGCACCAAGGUGUGACAUCUUCUAAAUCUGGCUGUUUAAUACAAAAUCUAGGUGGUAAAGACAGAAGAGGACAAAUUUUAUGCCUUUGUCUUUUUAUUUCUCUGUCUCUGCCAUUCACGUGGGGAAGAGUGGAUGUAACAGCACAACAUUCAGAAAGUCCUUUUUUAAAUUUUGGAAAUUCUGUUUCUUUUCCUCAAACAGAAAGAAGCAGAAUUUACAAACAUUUCAAUGACUUGAAAUGAUAAAAUUAAAAUAAGCACAAAAAUAUUUUAAUCAAUUGAAAUCAGGGCAAACUCUGAGUCAAAUGAUAAAGUGAGCAAAAAAGUCUUUACCAUGAAUAAAGUAAUAAUUACCCUUUGUAUCAAACUUUCACUGAAGGUUGAAGUAGAAGAGAACAGGAACAAAAGUAGUGAACUGAAAGGAUCAGAAACCAUGUGUGAUGGCAACUGUUAUAAAGGACUAACUCAGCAGAGGAAGAGGGGAAAAACUGAUGACCAGCAGUUUCCUGCUCUGCAGAAAGGAAAUUCUGAUAGGUCUUCAAAGAAAACGUCUACUAAGAGGGACAAGGUCACAGAGCAGGUGAAUUCUGUGGAUGGCCUCGAUGACUUAACUCUGUCACCGGAAACGGCUUCCGAGGACUGCGAGUCGCUUUACCCUAACUGUAAGAACAUCCUGAGGCUAAUCGAACGACUUGGCCUGGAGAGUAAAGAUUCUGUUAGGUUAUUCAAAAUUCAGAAUGCAGUUCAUUCAUUCAGAAGAUUAAUAGAACAUAAAGAAGCUGACUAUGAAUUACUUAGAGGAAGACUUAAAAACAUGGAAAAUAAGGUUAACAGGCUACAAAAAGAACUGUUGGAAACGAGAGAAACGAAUUCACAGUUGGAACAUCAAAAUGUGGCGUGGGAACAAGAGAUCUGCAAUGUGAGAUUCACAUUAAAACAAGAAACAAAGAAAAAUGCUUACAUAUUAUAUGAAAAAAUUAAGGAAGAUUUAAAAAGAAAAGAGAAACAAUACAAUGAACAAGUUUACCGGAAACAGCAACUUGAAAGCACUGUCCGAGCACUGGAGUUUGAACUGAAGAGCAUAAAGAAUAAACCAAAUCAGGUUUUAGAAGAGUGAAAUGAUGCUCAGAGGCAACUUUCUCAAAAGCAGAAUGCCAGAGUAAUACAAGACGAAAUCCUGGCCCAUCAUCUUUCCCAACAAAAGGAGGCAGAAAAGGCUAAUAAGAAAA